AUGUUCCCAAGAAAACAGAAGCGUCUUCAUUUGGGCCAUCUCGGACGCAAGAUGGUCCAUACGCGCAGACAACCCUACAGGUACAGCCGAGCGCUCCACCAUCAGGCCCUGUCCACCAUCAGGCCCUGUCUCAAAUGCCCAAUACCCAGGCACGCAGGGCAGAGGUCACGGCCGUCAUCACCCUGCAUCGGUGCCAUGUACCCACGGCAGCACAGCGACUCGAGCAUAAUGAAACAAGUGCCCGAAAUCGGCGGAGCCGGGUCGGGCCAAAAAUGCCACAAACGACAAAACCAAGGCAGUAACAGAACAGCGAAAGAUCAGGUCGAGCGUGCAUGCCACCAGUGA